AUGACGGAGCAGCUUGCCUUGGGCUAUGCCUGCUGCUUGAUCGCCAGCGUCGCCUACGCGGUGAACUACUUGCCCGUGAAGAAGUAUGACACGAGCGACGGGGUCUUCUUCACCUUCGCCAUGUCAUUGGGGAUCUUGAUCGUGGGCGUGCUCACGGGUUGUUUCAUGCAGCACGAGCCGUUAGUCUUCGAGCCCCUGGCUGCGGUGGGUGGGGUCAUCUUCACGCUCGCAAACCUGCUGUGUCCGCUUGUGAUCCAGCUGAUUGGCCUGGGCCUAGGUCUGACGAUCUGGGAUCUCAGCAACAUGCUCAUGGGCUGGGUCACGGGGCGCUUUGGCCUCUUCGGGGUGGACAAGGAGAUCUCGCAGAAGCCUCUCUUCAACUACGUCGGCUUGGCCCUGGCCUGCGUCUCAUUGGUCUUCAUGUACCUGGCCGCACGCUUUGACAAGAAGCCGAAGGAGGCCUCCGCAGACGUCGAGGCGCCGGAGGAGGGCAAGGUGGACGAGGAGAAGCAGCCUCUCCCAGAACACUCGGAGACCCAAAGCCACAUGAGAUUGGUGGUGGGCUCAGCUUUGGCUAUGCUCGUCGGCGUCCUCCUUGGCACGAUCUUCGACCUUCCCCAGGAGCUCACGCAGGGGAAGUUCGGUCCCGACCACAGCCCUUUCGCUCUGGACUACGUCUUCAGCCACUUUCUGGGGAUCUUCGUCUCGGCAGCCGUGGCCCUGCUCAUCUACGUCAUCGUACGACGGAGGAGGAGCUUCGUGCCCCUGAAGCUGGUGCUCCCAGCCAUGCUCUCGGGCAUCAUCUGGGCCAUCGGCACGGUGGCGUGGUUCCAGGCCAACGGCGACCUGGGCUUCUCGGUGACCUAUCCCAUCAUCAGCAGUUUGCCCAGCAUCCUGGCUCUCUUAAUCGGCUUCUGCUUCUUUGGCGAGCUCGGGAGCUCCAAGAGUCGCGGGUUCGCACUCACAGGCGUCCUGAUUCGCCUGCCGGGCGUGAUCCUCAUCGCUCUUUCCCGACUCUGA